AGUUGCUCACAGUUUCCACUCUGCAGGAGAUGCUAACUCCCCGGACAGACGGCUAGCUACACGCUUACUGGUGAAACAAGUCAUGAAACCUUCACUAACUUUGAUUUUGUAACUAACUGUGUUAAAAUUAAAGAGUAAGGCUGGGCUUUGGAGUUUAACUAUUAACAGUGUGAGCUACUGUUAGCUACUUUAGCUUCACUCGUGAGUCGUGGCUACUUUUGACUCAUACCGAUAGUGGUCCAUGUGACUCCUGUAGAGUUCCUGAUCCUAUAAUUAUCCCCGGUGACAGUGCGCUGCUGACGGGCUGCUGCACUGCCAUGGGGCCGAGGAAAAGGUCAAAGAGAGAUCUGCAUGAACUGGAGGAUUUGGUGGUUAAACAUGCACGGAUUAAAGAAUCUGCCUUGACCGGUGUGAGCGAGCGCACCUUCAUCGCCGUGAAGCCAGAUGGCGUGCAGCGGAAACUGGUGGGGGAAAUCACACACCGCUUUGAGAAGAAAGGGUUCAAACUGGUGGCCCUGAAACUAGUGCAGGCGUCAGAGGACCUCCUGAAGGAACACUACUGGGACCUGAGGAGCAAACCGUUCUUCACAGAGCUGGUGAGCUACAUGAACUCUGGACCAAUCGUAGCCAUGGUGUGGGAGGGUUUGGACGUGGUCAAGACGGCACGUAAGAUGCUGGGAGAGACCAACCCCGCUGACUCUCUGCCUGGAACCAUCCGAGGAGAUUACUGCGUGGAAGUGGGACGGAACGUGAUCCACGGCAGCGACUCGGUGCUGAGCGCUCAGAGGGAAAUCUCUCUGUGGUUCCGACACAACGAGCUGCACUGCUGGGAGGACAGCAGCAGCCGCUGGAUCUACUGAAACCGUCCUGCUGGGGACACAAAGCUUUAUGCAAGAUCCCAUCGUACCUCAGAUCAAUCUUAUUUGGCUUUAGUAGCUUGUAGACCCAAGGGAGACGAGGUGUCAUGGAUGGAUCUUUUUAUUAACCCUUAGAUGCACGAGUGACUGGACCCUACACUCUUCCAUAAGUGGGUCAAAAAAGACCCGUAUUAGAAUAAUAUAUGUUUUUAUGCCAUUUUGGUUAAGAAAAAUCACUUUUAUAAUAUUUAGUAUUAUAUUUUGGUUCACACUAGAAAUAUUUUAUAUUUAAUUUUGUAGUAUUUAUAAUUUUAGAAAUUUUUUUUACAUUUUGA